AUGGGACCUCAUGAACGCGACAGCAAGCAACGGACUCACCUUCGGGCGCUGCAACAUCUUGCCCCUCCCCAGAGACGCGCACAUCGAGACUACUUGGAAGGAAGUUCCGAUGACUACGCCUUCGCUCACGCCCCUGACGAACUGUACGGCUAUCCACCUUCACCGCCCUAUCCCGCGACAGUUCAUCAGAGCCAUGCUCAGCCGUUGCUACCACCUCAUAUAAUUCCUCGCGUCCUCUACGGCGCUGAGCGCCGCAUACACCACUGUACUCAAGAUCAUCCAUACGUUUUCCCAAUGAAUCCGUAUUAUGGACCCCCCCUAUCAUCGCAAACUCUACCAGCACCUUCACGAUAUCGACCGCGACGCAAAGACAGGAAGUCACACAUUCCGCGCCCGCCCAACGCAUUCAUGCUGUUUCGCUCUCACUUCCUGCGCCAGACGCAUCAUGUGGAGAAGCGCCAGCAGCAUCUGAGCCGUCUGGCCGGCGAAGAGUGGCACCGGCUCCCUGGUUCAGAGCGCGACAGGUGGACGCAGCACGCGGACUAUGUAGCGCAGCGACACCAGGAAGAGUUCCCGUACUAUAAGUAUACACCGCGACGAAGGGGUGGUGGUGGGACCAAUACGGACUUCGAGCACACGUCGGCGCGAUUGACUGUACUCGCAUGCGAUGCCAACAGCGAGGGCUCAAAGGACUCGUACGGGAUACGGGCCGAUGAUACGCUCGAUGACGAACAAACUUCUAGGCAACCCGCGGCGCUGACCUUGCCUCCACUGCGGUCGUCUUUGCCUCACCUCGCCUCCCGACCACCGCUGAUACUGCCUGCGGACAUCGAUCCGCCAAAGACCUCGACACCCCUUCCAAUGCUCCUCGAAGCGUCCAUCCCCUUUCAUCAGGGCUUCCGACCUGGUGCCGCCCCGCAGUGGUUGUCGGGAGAGGCAGCGGACGAUCGCCCCGCGUCUGCCGCCGACCUAGUACCUCUGCGGCGACAAGACUUCUCCCAAGAAUUGCUACCACAGCCUGCUGCGCCCACAGCCGUCUCCCAGAUAGUACACGGGCGGUCUGGGCUCGAUACCAACGUCGAUGUGCAGAACCUCUCCCAGGUCGCGGAUGUAUCGAGCGCCGGCUUACCCGCGUACGCUGAGGCCCCCAUGGUCUUAGCAAACGAGCACGAACCUUGGGCAUAUACGUCGCAUGGCGCCGCCGAACAGAAUGUAUUGAGCGACCUCCCCUACUCAUCCGUUUUUUCCUUUGCAGCCGACCACUCAUGCAGUGGGCCUUCCGUCUCGAUCUAG